AUGGAAAAACCCACGAGCAGUCAGAUGAAUCCUGAGACCAUUGAAAACCCAGAAAUUAAUUCUUACAUCAAACAGUUUACAACAUUAAGAAAAUUGAAGGACAAAUCUGAUAAAGAAAUACAAUACUGGAAGAAUCAAAAGUCAAAAUUGCUCGAGAGUAAUAACAGCAUCGGAAUGAAUUUCGACAAGUUAACGCAGAAUGUGUCUGAUUUAGAAGAGAAAGUAUCAGAGAAUACAGGGAUCUAUAAUGCGAAGAAGCAAGAAUUGGAAGACUUACAAAUUGCAAGAGCGAAUAUGUUGCAUAAGCAAUGGAAUAACUGUUUGUCGGAAACAAAAAGAUAUGUGGAUAACUUUUGUCAGUGGAUAAACUACUCUAAAGAUAAUUUGAUGAAGGAACUUAGUAAUCAUCAAAAAGAAUGCGAAAAGAUUCGCACAGAACUUGAAGAUCUAAAACAAAAUGUAGAAAAUAUGAUAAGAGAAUGCGAUGCAGAUUACACUAAAGCUAACGAUGACGAUUUGUCGAAUCUUAAUGGUGCAAUAUUUGACAUCAGAUCAAUCAAUAAUGAUUUAACGAAUAACAUUAAAGUGGAGGAGGAUGGAUUAAACAAAAUACAGAACAAAAUAAAGCAAUGCACAGUCAAACUUCACCGAAUCUAA